AUGGGUGUUGUUUGGGAGUUUCUAGAACCGGUGGUGUUAGGUAAGAAUGGCGGCAAAGGGGGUACAAUGUAUUGGUUAGGCACACUGCUAUUUGGGAAUGGUGGGGGUGUUGCAUGGGUCAGGGUGGAUGGCGAAAUUUGGCUCUGGGUUAAAACCAAUUGCAUGAUUGCUAAAACGGAGGGUAGCGGGUCGUCUGGUGACGGUGCCAUCAUGGGAUAUGGUGGUGGACCACCAUAUGAUGGUGUUGCCCUAAGAGGUGGUGGUGGGCCACCAGAUGGUGGUGCUGGUUCAAGAGACAAUGGCAUGCCAGCGGAUGAUGACGUUGCUUCAAGAGACGGUGAUGGGCCGCCGGAGGAUGUCUCUGUUUUAAGAGAUGGUGACGGGCUGCCGGAGGAUGGUACUGUUGGAGUGUUGGUUGCUUCUAACGACGCCAUCGGGUGUAUCGGGAUAUGCGGCGAUUCCGAUGGCUCACCCGUCGUCUUCUUCGCAAUGCGUAGUUAG